AUGUUCUUUCACGACGCCGUUUACCGGCGACUGGUUUCUCUAUUGCAGCCAUGGUUACAAGAAGAGCCGGAGAUUGAACUCAAAUUAGGCUUUAUCAACUCUCAAUUGACCGCAAAGAAUUUAAAAUUCGACGUUUCUGCACUUAAUAGCGAAUUCGAAUCCUCUCGGUUUAAGUUCAAAGAAUUCACCGUUGAUCACUUCAUCCUUCGCUUCUCUAAUUGGUCUUUCCCUGCUUUCAAAAUCGAAAUUGGCGGUGUCAAUGUCACUCUUUUAGCUGGGGGAGUGAGGGAGGAGGGGACUUUGAGAAGGGCGAGGAAAUUGAGUGAGAAAGAGAAGAAGGCGAUUGCCGGGUUUGAUCCUGAGGGUAGUGCUUUGCAUGAUGUGCUGGAGAGGAUCUUGCUUGACCCUCCUUCAAGAAAUUGGUUUAAAACCUCUCUGUUGAAUCUUGUUCUCAAACAUUGCCAUUUACAGAUUUCCAAUAUUAAUCUGCAAGUGCAGUUUCCUGACUUGAAUGAUGUUGUACUUUGCUUAUUGGAACUAAAGGAGUUCAAUGGAGAAUCUGAGCACUCGGACCAUGGGUGUCUUUUAAGAGGGGUUGUUGGUGCUGUUUUUAAACCUCUGAAAGUGGUUUCUUUCGUUAUGGAUUUUAGAGGUUUUGAGUUUGCAUAUAAGAUGGAAGAUCAGAUAAACCGCAUUUCUUCUUUCACAGAUCUGUUUACUUGCAUUAAAUUAAAUGAUCUUCAGGUGGCAGACUUCAGCAUCCGUGUUCCAGAAUUAAGUCUUUUAUUUUCUCCGCUUGAUCUCCUUCUUUUGUCAGCUUUGGGUAAACUAUCAUCAAAAGAAGCAAAGCGAGUCAGAAGUGGUAGACAACUAUGGAAACUAGCUGCAAACAGAUUAGGAUAUGUGAUUUCUUCUCCCAGAUUGUCACUGCAUAAUUUAGUGGAUGUCAUUUGCCUCUGGCUACGUUAUCAAAAUGCAUAUGAACAUUUGCUGUCUAUGCUUGGAUAUUCUGCUGAAAACUUAUUAAAAAAGUCUGUUGUUAAGAUGUCUGAGGACAAAAUGUUUCUGAAUUCUGUCAAACACAAUUGGGAGGAGAUUUCUGGCUUAGAGAAAGAGUUGCCAGCUGAAGCUAUUGCCCAGGCCCGACGAAUUGCUCGAUACAGAGCAGUUUCAAACAUUCAAAAUGGUAAAAAUGGUUACAAAGAAUCUUCAAUGGAUAGUCAGGUCAAUGUUUUCUCCAAGAUCCUUUCAGUAUUCGUAUUUAUUUGGAAUGUUUUGUACAGGAUUUUGCUCUUGAUUUCACAGUGUUUCUUUUUUAUAUUACUUUUCUUUCAACAACCAAAACUUGAUUGGCAUUCGGGAAUUGAUUCUGAAGAUUACAGCUCCUAUUGCUUCUUGCUAAACUUUGGAAAGAUUUUAGUUACUUUUUCGCCCUCAAGCAAGGACCAGAAUGUUGAUGAAAGAAUAGCGUCCCAUACAGGGAUUUCAUAUUCUGAUAUACACUCAUUCCGUCUAUCAAUUCAUAUGCUGUUACUCACAUAUGUUGAUGGAAUUUUUGAACAGUCUCUAUCUGUUUCCUGUGGGCAAUUGAAAAUUAAGUCCUCUUCUGUUAUGGGGGCAACGAUUGUGGAUAGGAGUUCAAAGAAUUCUUUUAGUUCAAAAAAAGUUCGUCGGAAAGGGAGUGUUGAUAAAUUAAAAACUAUCUUGUGGGGUGAGCCUGCACAAAUAUUUCUUCCUUCACAAACUAGUGAAGCCAGUGUUGCAAAUCUAGCUGAAGGAACCUGUAACCCGCUUUUGCAGACACUUCUGGGAGAAAUGUGGUUGGCUUGGCAAAGAGUUUCCGCAAAAUAUAAUGAUAGUGAGAUAGCAUGUUCUGAAACUCCAUGGCUUCUUUGUGAGAUUAAAAACUGUUUGAUGGAUCCAAGCCUGAAGAGACCGGAUUCUGGGUUUUGGAAAUGCAGUUUCACAGCAGGGAAAUUAAAUUUAGCUUUGGGGUAUUCAUCAGUACUGUCUAUGGCUAUGCUGCUUGGCCAGAUACAGCAUGCUCUAAGUUUGAAUGAGAUCUCAGGGAGGGCAACUGUACUUUCGAAUUCACCUCCAACCGUUGAAAAUCAGGAAGAAAUUAGUUGGGAAGAUAAAUAUGAGUUGUAUUCUAAUAGACUGAAAUUGAAUUUUCUUAGAAUGCUUCCAGAGAAACAUAUUCAACUUGGAGUUUUUGUUACUGGUCCUCAUAUUCAAAUGUCACUGAGAAAGGUUGGACUUAGCAGUGGGGAUAAAAACAUGAAUCAGGAUGAUUUUCACCUUGGUUUUGAUAUCCAAAAUAUUGAGGUUGUUGUUUGGCCAACUUCAAAAUCUGAUUUGGCAUUAACGGGAUUGUCAGAAUCUGAUGGUGCAGAACCAGAGAGCCACAAAUUGCGAGAGCCUCAGAUAAUUGAAAUUCCUAAACCAGAUAAUGAAAAGUAUGCAUCUGAGGGAUGGGUUUCACUUAGUUCCUACUUCAAACUCGGUGGUUUCAAUAUUUAUAUGGGAAAUUUGGAAGAAAGUGAACAGAACCAAAUCUUUUCCUUGAGGCCAAUAGCUGCACGGUUAUCAUUCUUCAGUAACAUGAGAAAGAAAAAGGCUAUAAUCCCCUACUUGUUUGAAGGACCUACGGUGGCUUUGGUGGUUGCAGGUUUGUCUUCACCAGUUUCGCUUUCAUAUGCUUUUAGGAGCUUUGAUUCGAGUGGUUUUGUAUGUCUUCAAAACUUUGUGAGGCAGAAUGUGGUAUCCAUUGAUCCUGAGAAUGAUGAAACUAGUGCUGAAGGAGCAACUUUUAUUUGUAAUAGCACUUUGGUCUCAACUACUGGCACCUUUAAGUUCAAGUCGUUGGAUGUAAUUCUUCAGAAUUCUAGGAUAGAUGAUAAGGUGGGAAGUUCAGUAAAAACAUAUGAUGCUAUGAGCAAGCAAAUGGCUGGGCAUGAUUUUCCUGAUUGUGGAAUUUUGAUUUCUGUUUGUCAAACUUACACAGAGGUCUCUUUUGAAGAGAAGAAACUGGAAAUUCUCUGUGAUUUGCGAGGAAUUCAGCUUAUAAUUUCUAUAUAUCAGGAUCACAUGCUAAAAAGUUUUGAUCACUCUGUAGUUAGAAACUUUCUGCAGCACUCUCAGGGUGGAUUAUAUGAAAUAUUUCUUUCAGAUUUCUCAUUUACUUUUUGGCUGGGUCAACCUUGCGAUAGUUUGAAUAACUUGGAUGGUAAAACUUCUUUGAGUGUUAAUACAUCACAAACAGUGGACAGUUCCCAUUUGAUCAGUGAGUGUGAAACAUCAAAUGCUCAAUCCUCUAGAUUCACUCAGAAGUCAGGUUUUGCUACAGAUAUCACAGCUUCAUCCUCAAGUCAGUGGAUUCUCAUAAAUGCUAUGCUUGGUAUAAUUUAUGUGGGAAAGGGCUCAUUAAAGAAUUCUCUUGUUGGGCCUAAUCAACUCAAUAAGCUUACUGCAUUGCUUGCAGUUGGAAGAAAUCUUCAGACAGUCUCUUGGGGAAUAAAGGUGCUAAUAUCCUGA